AUGGGAAAGAUCGGCAAGUCGUCGAAGGCUAGGAAGCAGACCUUUGGCCAUGUGGUGCCUUUGGGUGGCAGCUGUCUCAUCGCCAAACAUUUGCAGAACAAGGGCAUUCGAGUUUGCAAGUUCCCGUUCGACUGGAUGUACUCCACCCCAUACUUGGUGCGGCAUGCGCUGCUGGACGACUUCAAGACUUUUCUGGACACAAGCAAGUGUCAGCGUGGCGCUGGACAAUCAGAGGAGAAGUUGGGCACCAUACACACAGUUUAUCGCCGAAUGCAGUCCACCAAGGCGAAGAACGUGGUCUUCCCACACCAUCAGCUGUGGUCCGGGGCGAAGAAUGGAAGGCGCGACCGCAGCUCCUACCGGCGCUCCGUCGAGCGCCUGCGGCGGGUCCUGCGCUCCAAAGUGCGGACGCUCUUCAUCACUGCCAUGGACGCAGAGGCGAAAACCUUGCCGAUCCUUCAGGACGAGGCCUGGCAGCCCGGCCAGGCACUGCCUUGCGGGGGCCCGGAGCUGUGCUGUCGGGCAGAGGUCUUAAGGCUCUUCGAGUGCUUGAAGAGCAAGAAGAAGGGUCCCUUCCACCUGGAGGUUGUCUACCUGCUGCGACACUCUCGCAAAUGCCGCAAGCAAGUCGUCCUUCAAAAGAGGACGAAGGACAGAUCAUUGAGAAUUUCCGAGAUGUCCUGCAAAGGAGACCACACUGGUCUGGCAUUUCGGGAAGAUGGAGAUAUGUUGGCCUUUCACAAGCUCAUCACAGAUUCUUCUUGCCGACGCUUCAAGCCUGUUGUCCUCGAUGCAAACGGCACCAAAGGCUACCGUGAUAAAGGAAGCACAGAGUCGAGCCCCCUUGGCGCAGCCAGGAGCUCCGGCUCCAGAAGCGACUUGAAGCGCAAGCUACGAUUUGUCCAGAAGAACCCGAAGGUGAAGGGGUCUGAGGCGCACAAGAGAUACGAGGUCUACAAAAAAGCGCAGACAAUUCAAGAGUUCCUGAACCUUGGCGGUUUCAAGGGGGACUUGGCCUUCGACCAAGCACAUGGCUUUCUCACACUCUUCUAG